AUGUCCGAUGACGAAAUCGACAAACUCAUCGUAGAGCAUCUCACUACUUUGUCACAGAUCCUAGCCUUGCAUCAUCAUUUGGAAGACUCUUUGGCUCUUGGUCGUUUUCAGUUAGCCAAAACCCGUCACAACCUCCCUGGGAAUGGAUCCAGAAUCUCCUCCACUGCUUACAACCUUCAUGAAAUGUCAACCCGCGGUGCUACGUUACGUAUUGUGACAUGCACAAACGAGGCUAGCGGUGACGGAGACGAAACGACUUCCAAAGCAAUACCACAAUUUCAAGUGGUGGAUGAUCUACUUGUAGAUGGGGUUCAUAUGGAUCCCACGGCCGACCCCAUUCGCUGGUUCGCUGGAGUAUUGGUCCCAGCUAGUUUACGGCGAGCUCAAGCGUCUUUUCGACGAUCCAUUCAUCUUUCCAUCAAUCUGGCUAACCUACGGACCAAACUCGAGACGUCAUCACGAAGACUCCGGAUACUGAUUAAUGCCCGCGAGAAUCAGAAGUCAGACGACGCUGACUCGUUAAACCUACGCGCAAAGUAGUCCUAAGGUGCUGGGACGCCGCUGUCAGUAAUUAAUGCUGACCUGUCUUUCAGUUAUAUGUGAUUUUGUCGCCCUACGGCUUGCAAACGAAUCGACAGGAAUCAGUACUAACGUACAUUUUGUACAUCUGUCUACUGUCGUGAACACAUCGUUCAUUUUUUGAAGACCGCUUGCACUUGAAGGCUGAAUUCAGUAUAUCAGGACGUUUUUUUCAUUUUCUGCUAAUGUGCUUCAUGUGGGUGAAUCACGCCGAAAUAAAUGACUACCUCAAAAACCCAUAACAUCUACUUUUUGAGCAAGUCCACAUCUAG